CCUUAAAGCUGCAACAGAUGACCCCUUUUUCAAAACCAUACCAUGCCUAAAUGGAUGGCCUCUUGACAUUCUCCCGAAAUAUCCCCAAAAGUCAAUGUUUGUGUUUUUCAAACGCAAAACAAUUAUUUGUAAAGAUACACGUGAUACACCAUGGAUUUACAUCAUAAAAUCGGGCUCGUGUUCCCUCCUUAAACAACUAAAGACUGUUCACCCGACACUUGGAACUAAGCCACCAAAGCCACUGACAAUACAAGAAGAACAGAAACUAAAAGAUGAAGAGUUGAAUCACAAAGAAAGGAUGUCAAAUCAGAUGGUUGAAGAACUGAUUCGGAUUGAUAAAGCCACUGAUAGAACCAAUAAUUAUGAGAUUCAACAGCUUAAUAUUCCAGUCACAAAACUAGCUAAAAGGUUAAAGGGUGAGACGGAGCUUGACAGGAUCAUGGCCAAGUUCAAGCAGACGGUUAAUGUUAUUCAAACAUUUAAAAGUAACAGAGGCACUGAUGUCGAAAACGAUGUUGAUGGGAACGAAUUGACAGAAACUGAAGGUCAAGAAGAUCAACGAAAAGAAGACGAAGAACAUGCAGCAAAAGAAGCUACCACAAAUGUGUCGCAAGUUACAAGCAAUGAAAUGAAGACGGAGAGAACGGACACAAUGAUGUCACUGACUUCAAAGGGACCGUUCCUAAUAAAGACUGGAACUAAUCUAUCUCUGAAGACUUCGACAAAAGACACAAAAGAGCUUGAAAACAUGAACGAUAUAUCAAAAGUUUCUACAAGAGAUUUAACUACUGAAGAUUCCACUACUGUCGCUACUGCUACAGAAACCAAAAUACAAUCAGAUUCAAACAAUCAAAACUUGCCAAACCUAAACUUGCCAAACCAAAACUUGCCUGAGCAGUCGCUUAACAACAAAGCAUUGUCCAAAGAAGAGACUAUCGAAGCUAUGACACGUUCAAAAGCUGUUCGCUUUAUGGAGACAUCAGACAAUAACGAUUCUGAGAAGAAUUGUGAUAAGAAGAAAGAAAGAAAAUCCAGGAAGUUCAAUAAAGAUAAAACCGUCAAGCAACCACUCAGUGUCCAACAACCUGCGGAUCAGCCUUGUUUUGUCGAGGUUCAAACGCUCACCAAGGGAUCUGUCUUUGGUAUCGCUGAAUUCACUUGUGGUCCCCAACCUUCCUUCAGCCUUGUCAGCAACGGAGCAGAAUGUGUGCUGAUAAACAAAAAGUUCUACAUAGAAAAUGUUGGACAGAGACUCAUGAACCGUCUCAGAGAUGAUGUGUUUCCAUACCCAUCAGAUGCCUACCUACAAGAAAAUCUUGGUCUUACGAUCAACUGGGAUCUACACAAACACGUUGCUAUGCAGAACACAGUCGGUGCAAUCAAUUUGAAGAAAACAAACAUGCACGAUGCAAGAACAAGUAUCAAACUACCGCCGGUUAACUAACUGCUCGUGGUUUAACUAACCAAUUAACUAACCAAUUGUAACGACGAUUACAAGUUAAGGAUAGAAUCAAAUCAUCAAACUGAUAUUCAGACACAGCAAGGCAGUUAUUAUCACUUUCUCCUAUAUCAGAUUACGAAGCAUGAACUAUCACGUAAAACUUAAAAUUAAAAAAACAUGGUCUUGUGUGAAAAAACGAUAGAGGUUAUCAUAACUCAAGAAUGUGAUUAUGCAUUGUGUCUGGUUUAAGAGUGCACAUGUUCCUUAUUGCUGUCAGUAAAUAUUCUACCUACCUUCUGCCUCUCUUCAAGCUGCUUACACACACCAGAAUAGCCUGACAACGGCUCAACUAAAAGUCAGAUACCGUUGUCACAAAUGACGAACAUAACCGUCGCUUCAACUCUUCACUCUUAAAUAAUUUACCAUAUCCCGUU